AUGGGGAAUAUAUGCAAGCCAUAGAUUUAGCCAAUAAAAGAAAAUGAAGAUUUUAGUAAAAUAGCUUAAGUUGAAGAACAAAGAAAAUGGUAGAAUAACGAAAAAGAACAUAAUAAUGAUUAAAAAUAAGAAUUAAUAGAGGAUGAUAGAAAACAAUAUAUAAAUAAGUAGGAUGGAUAAAUAGUGAUUAAUGAAAAUAAAUAAGAAGUACUUUAUUAUAAAAUUUUUUUAGUAAAUACAAUGUGAAAACAAAAUGAUAAAAUAAGUAGAAGCUGUUUUUGAUUAGGAAGUAAUUUAAGAAAAUAUUUAAAAAUAAAAUAAAAGGAAAUCCCCUUUUGAUUAUUAACUAUUAUUUAAUGUAAUAGGUAAUAGUUUUAUAUUUGGUCAUUUGGAAGAUAAGUAAUAAAAUUGAAUAUUAUUAAGUUAACAAUUAUUUGAUAAAAUGUUUUAUUGUAUAGCUAGAGAUUAGGAGAUGAUAUUUAAAUAAGGAGAUAAAGGAAGCUUAUAUUUUAUUAUUGAAAGGGGUCAAUGUGAAAUUAUAAUAAAUGAUAAAGUAAAAAAGAUUUUAAGAUUCGGAGAAUCAUUUGGUGAAUUAGCAUUAUUAUACAAUGUUCCAAGAUCUGCUUCAGUGAAAGCAUUAGGAGGUACUAAAAUAUUAAUUUUAGAUUGUGCCUUUUGGGCUAUGGAUAAAAAUAUAUUCAGAAAAGGGAUAGAAUUAAUAUCUUUGAAGGAUUAUGAAGAAAAUAAGGAAUUUAUAUAGAAAGUUAAAUGUUUUUGUAAUAAAAUGUAAAUAAUAGUUUAGAGUCAUUUACAGAUGAUUAGAGAAAAGCAAUCACAUCAGUUUUGAUAAGACUAAAUUAUUAAGCAGGUAUGAAAAUUGUGGAUGAAGGAGAUUAAUCAGAUCCAUUUUUUAUUAUAAAGAAAGGAGAGGUUGAAAUUUAGAAAGGAAAAUAAUAAUUGAUAAUGAUGUAAUAAGGAGAUUGUUUAGAAGAAUAUUCAUUAUAAAAUAAUUCAGUAAGAGAUGUUAUAAUCAAAGCACAUGAUGAUGUUAUUCUAUUUGCAAUAUCAAGAUUUGAUUUAUAAACAAUAUUGGGAAAUAAAAUAUAAUCUAUUAUUUAAUAUGGUUAAUAAAGAUGGGCAUUUAAACGUCAUCCUAUUUUUAAAUGGCUUACUAAACUUUAAGAGGAAAACAUAUUAAGUAAGAUGGAAUUAAAAUAAUAUAAAUAACAAGAUGUGAUUAUAGAAAAAGGAUAAUAAUGUACUCAUUUGAUUGUUGUUCUAAAAGGAAAUAUAUAAUAUCAAUAAUUAUUAAUACAGAAAGGUUAAAUGUUUGGUGAUCAAUUUUUGGAAUAAUAAAAUUAAAUUUUAAGUGAUUCUUUGAUAAUGAAAUCAGAUGGUUUAAUAAGUUAAAUAUAAAUUAAACACUUUUUUUAAAUUAUUGGAGGUAGUUUAGAUUAAAUCCAAUUUUAAAUUUAAAAAGAACAUAAUAAAAAUAUCAAUAAAGGCUUAGAAGAAUUGAUAUCAAUCAAGAUUUUAGGUUAAGGAUUAUAUGGUAAUAUCUAUCUAGUUCAUAAUAAAUUUGAUAAGAAAAAUUAUGCUAUUAAAUGCAUAUCUAAAUUUAAAAUAAUUCAGGAACGAUAGGCAUUACGUUUAGCCUAGAAAAAAUAAAUAUUAUAGACUAUUAAUUUCCCACUAAUUAUUUAUUUCUUCAAUAGUUUUAAGGAUUAAUAUAACAUCUACUUUUUAGAGGAAUAUAUAAAAGGAAUGUAGAUAAAUGAUGUUAUUAAAGAAUUAGGGCAUUUAAAAACUUAUGAUUUUUAAUUUUACAUAGGAUCAUUAAUUUUAUGUAUGGAAUAUUUUCAUUUAAAUAAUAUUAUUUAUAGAAAUAUUUCACCAGAGCAUAUUAUCGUUGAUGAUUAAGUAAAUAAUACAUUUAUUUUAAGGGAUUUAUAAAGUUAAUUGGCUUAGGAAUUUGUAAAAAUCUUAAAAUUAAGGAAGCUAUAACAUUUACAAUUACAGGAAUUCCACAUUAUAUGGCUCCAGAAAUAUUGGCUGGAGAAGGAUAUACAUAUUCAGUUGAUUUAUGGUCUAUAGGAAUCAUUAUGUAUGAAUUUAUAUGUGGUAAAUUACCCUUUGGAGAAAAUCAAAAUGAUCCGUAAAGAUUAAUUUAAAUCAUUUAGAUAUGCUAUAUAUCUAGAAAUCUAAGCUUAGCCCUUAAAUUUCCCUUUUAAUCUCAUAGACCAAUAUUCUAAAGAAUUAAUUGAAUAACUCUUAAGCAAAAUUCCUGAGUAAAGAUUAGGAUAAUCAUAUGAAAAACUAAAGAACAACUAAUUUUUUAAAAAUUUUAAUUUUGAUUUAUUAAUGAAUCGAGAUUUAAAACCUCCUUUCAUUCCACCUAAAAAUAAAUUAAUUAGUGAUAAAGAUUUUUAAAAAGCCAUAGAUGCUGGAUAACUCUUUACUGAAGUAAUCAAAGUAUUAAAUAAUUAUUAAUCUGUAGAAUGAUCCUAAAACUAUUAAAAAGAUACCUGAUUCAAUUUAUGGUUCUAAUUGGGAUUAAGACUUAUGA